GCGACCUUUCUAGGCGCGCGGGGUUGUUUCCAUGGCCCCUUGGAAGGACGAGGUUGUCUCAGUGUUCCUUUCUAGGCGACCGGAGGCCGCGUGACUCGAUGGUUCGACGGAAAGAAUCAGCUGCGGAGACGGGGCCUGGCGGAGCGGAGCCUGUGUUGUCGUGGCUUCUCGGUCUGGUCGAAGGGAGAGAUCGAAGAAAUGCGAAGGUUGCAAAGUCGUGUCCGACCCAUCGUGACCCCAUGGACAACGUUCCUCCUGGCCUUUGUGUCCUCUACCAUCCUCUGAAGUCCAUUUAAGCUCACACCUACUGCUUCAGUGACUCCAUCUAGCCACCUCAUUCUCUGUUAUCCCCUUCUUCUUUUGCCCUCAAUCGUUCCCAGCAUUAGGCUCUUCUCCAGUGCUGAUGGAAUUACUCUGCAUUCUCUAGACAGUGACACGAGAGAUUUUAUGUUUUAAGACAUCCGUGGGUUAUUUAUAUAUUUCUAUGCAGCCUAUGGGCUAUUGCUUCAGGAAUGGCUCCCCAGUUCCGCAGUUAUGUUUGGGAUCCUGCUCUUAUCAUUUCUCAGAUCAUGCUCAUGCAAGCAAUCUAUUACAGCAGUCUGGGGCUUUGGUUGGCUCUAGUAGACAGUCUGGUACAGAGCAACCCUUCACUGGACCAGAUUUUCAGUUAUGAGGUUUUGGGAUUUGCCACCUCUCCUGGGAGACUUUCCACAAUGGCAUUUAUCCUAAAUGCGCUCACCUGUGCCGUCGGUUUAUUGUAUUUUAUUCGACGAGGAAAGCAGUGCUUGGAUUUCACCGCCACGGUUCAUUUUUUUCACCUGUUGGGCUGCUGGAUUUACAACGGAUCCUUUCCAACAGCUUUGACCUGGUGGCUUGUACAUACUGUGUGCACAGCACUCAUGGCUGUGAUUGGGGAAUACCUCUGUAUGAGGACAGAACUGAAAGAAAUCCCAUUAAAUUCAGCCCCCAAAUCCAGUGUAUAGGCCGUCAGGGGCACUGUGUUUCUCCAUCAGUAUCAGCAUCUUGGUGCUAGUUUGUGAAACGUGGAAAUGCAACUGAAGAAAUCCCGAGGGCCUUAAGUAUAUUAGAUGGGAGACUGACAUUUGCAGUACUUUGAUAGGCCAAGGUGAAUAUAGUUUUUACAUAACUCAUUUUGUAUUACUAUGCAGACGUGCCCAAUUUGCCAAAGUGAUCAGACUCAAGUGUUGGAUAAAAUGCAUAAAAGACAUGGGAAGCGGACUGAUUUUGAGAAGCAAUCACUGAGUGUGAUGGGUCACCAUUUCCUUUCUCUAUAGUGAACAUCAGUUGACUAGAGAACUCCCAACAAUUGCACAAUAGACACUUUGUUCCCUUUUAUCCUUCAUAUACUUGUUUUUACUUCCACUUUUUGAAUUAAAGGAUCAAGGAGAUCAAACAAUGCAGAAAGGCACAGUACCAUUAUUCACUUGGCUGCUCAGAUUCCAGAAAGCUUAUUAACAGCAAAGAGUAAUGUGACUGUAUUUAUUGGACUGGAAAAAAAAUACUAUUUUAUUUAAUAAAGACUUCAACUUUC